AUGGUGUUGCAUUCUGGUUAAAAUCGUCCUGUCGGAAUGACCGCACAUAGUGCCUCAGUUUCCGCCGGUUGAUGUUAAGGGUCGCAUUGGGCAGUGUUACAUGUGUGACAGCGUUUUUCAUGAUGUCGACAUUGAGUCUGAAGGGAAUACACGUCUUUAAACCUGCGGGAUUCUGUUAUGAAGCACUGUUUGGUGGAUCGAAAACAAAGCUAAUGAGUCAUGGCCUGUGGCGGAGUAUGUUCCUCACUUGUGAGAGAUGCAGCAAGUCACAGAGCCCUGAAAACACAGAGGACAUGGGGAAGCCUAUUAAAUUCUCCACCAGCAAAGCCAGCCACCGCACGUGGAGGGUGGACCGUUCCCUUGGGAGCCAACACCAGCGGCCGUGGUGGAAAGUUCUUCCGGUCAGCCUGGCUAUAGUUUGCUUCUUGCUGUGGUGUGCUUUCCGAGAAGAAUCUGAAAUAGACCAAAAACUUGAAAAGCAACUUUAUGAACACCUGUCUGGGUUGUCGCUAGACGAAGACAAAGAAGAUGACACAAAUAAAAGAGAUUCAUAGUUGGAAAUGGAAACACUUGAGCUAACUGCAUUGGUGUGAAAGGAUAUUAUAGGACAAUGCAUGUUGCUGAAACUGAAGGUUAUCCUUUGGAAGAUUCUUUGGUCAUUUUAAUUCAGUCUGACUUGGAAGUUAGAGGGAAUACCGAAUAGGGAAGAAGUUUUUGUGGUUGUCUGUCCUGUUGCCAAAAAGUGAAGCAUAAAUGACGAGCUAUAUGCAUGUUAAGCUUACAGUACAGACACUGAGUCUGGUUUAUAAAUGGAAUCUGACCAUUUGUCUUUGGAAUUGAUUCCCUAAAAAGAUGCCAUCUAGGAAUGGUUGGAAGAAGCACCAUUCAGGUUUACACAAGCAGACAAUUCGGAGGCAGAUAAAAGGUGCUUUAUCAUUAACACCUAGUAAACAGAAGCCCUUUACACAUAUUUUUUAACUUUAAUUACGAAUGAUAUUGUUACAUUUUUAUGACCGUUUUGUUUCUGGAAAAUUUAUACUGAUGAAAUACUCUACGUUAGGGAAUCAAAUAUAGCAUAUGGCAGUAGACGGCCCAGUUUUUUUGUACUGUUCAAGGUGAUUGAAUUGUGCUGUGAUUGAUUUAAUCACAUUCAGUUUUUAGUGACUCUACAAGCUGCUCUUGAUUCACUACUUGUGAGUAUAUUGUAAUCACCGACCACCCUUUUGUGAAAAAAGUAUUUGACCAUGCUUAAAUCAGAGCCCAACAAUAAUCUGCUCCUGGAAACAUGGUUCUGAAUCACUUAAAACUUAUAACGAAAAGUUAAACCUGUUUUGAAAUGCC